UUAUGACACAUUUUAUAUCCGAACGCUCCCUGAUAACGUAAUGAACAUUCGCCCUGGAGGACAACAGCUUGUUCAUUGAAAAUUGCUUGACCCCGUAAAGGAGUGGUGACCGACCACACACACGCACACAUAUUUUCGAAAGGCGCCUUCGAGAGGGUGAAAUGGGUUCAUUCUUCAGUAAAACACCAGCAGCCAACAUGAAUGGACCAUUAGCGGAGUUUGUUCAGAGCGCCAUUGCUAAGGAUAAGGUGGUCAUCUUUUCGAAGACUUACUGUCCGUACUGCACAAUGGCCAAAGAGCCGUUCAAGAAACUAAAUCAAGCAUUUGCUUGUUACGAACUGGAUCAGCGUAAUGAUGGAGAUGAAAUACAAUCGAUUCUUGGCGAACUUACUGGGGCGCGAACGGUUCCCCGAGUGUUCAUCGAUGGAAACUUCGUUGGAGGUGGUACAGACGUGAAAAAAAUGUAUUCGGAUGGUCGGUUGGAGAAGAUGCUCUCUUAGAAAGCCUCGAUUUCACAAUGUUGUAUUAAAAAUGUGGUCAUAUUUUUGUAGGACAAAGAUGUAAUAAAUAAUUUUACUAUAUGUGAAAA